CCUGCCAGCAGCUGACAAUGAUUCGAUUCAUUCUUGUGCAAAAUCGACAAGGAAAAACGCGGCUUUCAAAAUGGUACAUGCCAUUUGAAGACGAGGAGAAGCAAAAGCUCAAAGCGGACGUACACAAACUUGUGGCUGCACGGGAUCAAAAACAUCAAUCCAACUUUGUAGAGUUUCGAAACUACAAAAUCGUCUACCGAAGAUAUGCAGGAUUAUUUUUUUGCUUCUGUGUCGACACCAAUGACAACGAAUUGGCGUACUUGGAGGCAAUACACUUCUUUGUGGAAGUGCUUGAUGCGUUUUUCCGUAACGUUUGCGAGCUGGAUCUAGUAUUUAAUUUCUACAAGGUGUAUGCUAUUCUUGAUGAAGUGUUUCUGGCAGGAGAGAUCCAAGAGACAAGCAAAGGGGCAAUAUUGAGCCGCCUGGAUUAUUUGGAUAAGCUGGAAUAGGAUGGUUUACAGGGCGCCUAUCUUACCCAAAAAAGCAGUCUUGGCUACCCACAAGGCGCUUCUGUUUAGGUCAUUAAUGUACAUAAUUUAUCUUCACUAGCGUUUCCAGCCAUUACAUGUGAAGUCUAUAGUACCAUGUACUAGGUUCGCUUCUUCCUUCUACUUACUAUAUCAGGCACUAAGACGGUACCAACAAGCCCGUAGCUUACCACAAACAGGAUUAUCUGAAAGACAAUAAACGCGCUAGCUAUGACG